ACAUUCAUCUCAAAAAAGAUCUUCUCUCAAUUCCCAACCCUCUUAAAAGCUUUAUAUUCGAAAUACCGUCGUGUGAAGAGCUAGGUUCUCGUUACACUUCUGCGAUGGCAUCUCUUCUACCUCAUUUCACUGCUCCGAUGGUUGCUGGACACGAGAACAGGGAACAUAGCUUUAAUCCAUACACUGAUAACGGUGGUUCCACUCUCGGUAUUGCCGGAUCCGACUUCUGCAUUCUGGCCGGCGAUACUCGUUCUACUUCAGGCUACAACAUCAACUCCAGAUACGCACCCAAAGUCUUCAAGAUAGGCGGCGAUGACGAGACCGGAGAAGGCGCUCAUAUUGUUCUUUCGGUCGUUGGCUUUGCUGCAGACGGUCAGGCUUUGAAGGAGAGGCUUGACAGCAUUGUCAAGGUGUACCGAUAUCAACACGGCAAGCCCAUAUCCGUCAAGGCAUGUGCACAGCGUCUGUCGACGAUACUCUACUCGAAACGAUUUUUCCCCUACUACGCCCACGCUAUCCUCGGUGGUUUGGAUGAAGAAGGACGCGGUGCUCUAUACAGUUACGAUCCCGUAGGCUCUUACGAGCGAGAGCAGUGCCGAGCUGCAGGUGCAGCAUCCAGUUUGAUCAUGCCAUUCCUCGACAACCAAGUCAACUUCAAGAAUCAAUAUAUUCCUGGAAGUGGAGAGGGCCAUGCUUUGGAACGACGCACGCCUGCUCCUCUACCCCGAGACACCGUCGAGCAGCUUGUGCGCGAUGCGUUUACCAGUGCAGUUGAGAGACACAUCGAAGUUGGUGAUGGCUUACAAAUGAUGAUUAUCACUAAGGACGGCAUUCAAGAGUCGUACACCCCAUUGAAGAAGGAUUAAUUUUGGAGGGUUUGAUAUUCCUGUUCAGUGAAUGAUGUACUUAAGUAAACUCUAAUCAUAGCCUUAUAGACCGGUUGUGAAUUCUCAUGGUAAUCAUAUAGUCGUCCCAUAUAACCUUGUAGUAUCUUUAUUUAAAACCGAACGCCAGACACAUGCGCCAAAUGAAAAUCAAAACGAGUUUAUAAACCACCUAGAACCUCUCUUUCAUUCUAGAUGCAAUAGUACGUAGGUUGCCAUACACCUUGCUCUG